CGCGGCUGCUGCUGCUGCCGCUGCUGCUGCCGCUGCUGCUGGGUCGGGGGCUGCGCGCCGCGGCCUCGGCCUCCUCCUCUGGGGCGGCGGCCGAGGACAGCAGCGCCAUGGAGGAGCUCGCCACUGAGAAGGAGGCGGAGGAGAGCCACCGGCAAGACAGCGUGAGCCUGCUCACCUUCAUCCUGCUGCUCACGCUCACCAUCCUCACCAUCUGGCUCUUCAAGCACCGCCGGGUGCGCUUCCUGCACGAGACCGGGCUGGCCAUGAUCUACGGGCUCAUCGUGGGCGUGAUCCUGAGGUAUGGCACCCCUGCCACCGGUGGUCAUGACAAGUCAGUGAGCUGUACUCAGGAAGACAGGGCCUUCAGCACCUUAUUAGUGAACGUCAGUGGGAAGUUCUUCGAAUACACCCUGAAAGGAGAAAUCGGCCCUGGCAAGAUCAACAGCGUAGAGCAGAAUGACAUAUUGAGGAAGGUAACGUUUGAUCCAGAGGUCUUUUUCAACAUUCUCCUGCCUCCGAUUAUUUUCCAUGCCGGCUACAGUUUAAAGAAGAGACACUUUUUCAGAAAUCUCGGGUCUAUUCUGGCUUACGCUUUCUUGGGGACUGCCGUUUCCUGCUUCAUUAUUGGGAAUCUCAUGUACGGUGUAGUGAAGCUCAUGAAGGUCGUGGGGCAGCUCUCGGAUAAGUUUUACUACACAGACUGUCUCUUUUUCGGAGCCAUCAUCUCUGCCACUGACCCAGUGACCGUACUGGCGAUAUUUAACGAACUGCACGCAGACGUGGACCUCUACGCACUCCUGUUUGGAGAAAGCGUCCUGAAUGAUGCUGUUGCCAUCGUCCUGUCCUCGUCUAUCGUUGCCUACCAGCCAGCGGGUCUGAAUACUCAUGCCUUUGAUGCUGCUGCCUUUUUUAAAUCAGUGGGCAUCUUCCUAGGUAUAUUCAGUGGCUCUUUUACCAUGGGAGCCGUAACUGGCGUCGUGACGGCUCUAGUGACCAAGUUCACCAAGCUGCACUGCUUCCCCCUCCUGGAGACGGCACUCUUCUUCCUGAUGUCCUGGAGCACGUUCCUUUUGGCGGAAGCCUGUGGCUUUACAGGCGUUGUGGCUGUCCUUUUCUGUGGCAUCACGCAGGCUCAUUACACCUACAACAAUCUGUCGGUGGAAUCAAGAAGUCGAACGAAGCAGCUCUUUGAGGUGUUACACUUCCUGGCAGAGAACUUCAUCUUCUCCUACAUGGGCCUGGCUCUCUUUACCUUCCAGAAGCAUGUCUUCAGCCCCGUUUUCAUCAUUGGAGCUUUUGUUGCCAUCUUCCUGGGCCGAGCUGCACACAUCUACCCGCUCUCCUUCUUCCUCAACUUGGGCAGAAGGCAUAAGAUUGGCUGGAACUUUCAACACAUGAUGAUGUUUUCAGGCCUCAGGGGCGCGAUGGCAUUUGCGCUGGCCAUCCGCGACACGGCAUCCUACGCUCGCCAGAUGAUGUUCACGACCACCCUCCUCAUCGUCUUCUUCACUGUCUGGAUCAUUGGCGGAGGCACAACACCCAUGCUGUCGUGCCUUAACAUAAGAGUUGGCGUCGAGGAGCCCUCCGAAGAGGACCAGAACGAACGCCGCUCACAGUACUUCAGAGUCGGUGUUGACCCAGAUCAAGACCCACCACCCAACAACGACAGCUUUCAAGUCUUACAAGGGGAUGGUCCGGAUUCUGCCAGAGGGAACCGGACGAAGCAGGAGAGUGCGUGGCUCUUCAGGCUGUGGUACAGCUUUGACCACAAUUACUUGAAGCCCAUCCUCACACACACCGGCCCCCCCUUAACCACCACGCUGCCCGCCUGGUGUGGCCUGCUCGCUCGGUGUCUGACCAGUCCCCAGGUGUACGACAACCAAGAGCCGCUGAGAGAGGAAGACUCCGACUUCAUCCUGACCGAGGGCGACCUCACCUUGACCUACGGGGACAGCACAGUGACUGCAAACGGCUCCUCAGGCUCCCACACGGCCUCCACGAGCCUUGAGGGCAGUCGGAGAACCAAGAGCAGCUCCGAGGAGGUGCUGGACCGAGCCCUGGGGAUGGGAGACCAGCCGGUUUCGAGCCGGGGCACGCGCCUAGUGUUCCCCCUGGAGGACAGUGCGUGACUCCCCCCUCCCCCCACCCCAGAGCCUGCAGCGACAGGGGGGGGGGCGGCCCACCGGCAGGGUGAGGACGGCUGCAAGCCCCAGGGUUGUUUGAGGCGGGGCACUGACUGAGUGGAACUAACGCUUCUGUUUUAUUGGGGUCUGAAGCUAUCUUAAUAACCUUUACAAUUUAACCCAAGAUGGUGGGGCUAAAGUGUCUCUAAAUCAAGACAGAUGCAGACCGAUUCCCACUUUUUCACAUAGUAGUGUGCUGUUCGGAGUUAAACAAACAAACAAACAAAUAGCAUGCUUUAAUGGUCUAACUCAUUCACCUGCAGUAUCUGAACAAGGUGUGGGGCGGGUGGGGGGGGGGUUGGAGUCCCCCCAGGAGAGGCUUCAGAUCCGUACACAGCAGUGCAAGCCUGGCUGGCUGCAGGAAUAGCAAGGUGGAGGAGGGCAGGCUAGAAGAACGAUCGAGAAGGAAGGCAGCUGAGACCGGACCUCCACGGAUGACGGGAAGCCGGUGGUAAAUGGGACGGAACUCACGAAGAAGCAAUUGCCGCAGGCGCCGAGGGCUGUGGGACUGCGACCUCACGUCAGGCUUCUGGACUCUUUGCAACCCGGGUUUCCUCUAGGCUGAAGGAAUGGAAAUCUAUCCGUGAACAUUUCGACAUGGGGAAAGAAUUAGAAUUCCUUCUCUGGAAGCCUCCAUCCAGAAGAAGCUACCAAAAGCAAAACCAAAGGCAAAAAUCGUGUUACACUGUUGGGUUUUUCACAGUAAUCUGGGAACAGCAGGAACUGGUUAGAAACUGAUGGCGAAAAAAAUCAGUCAAUUCUUCAGGGCCACCGUACAAGCUGUCUGCCUGGCAAAUGAUUCCGAGGGCCGAGAUGCCUACUGUGGGUUUAGGAACAACACCAAAAUUGGUUGGGAUGCUUUUAUCUGGGGACAAGAAAGCAAAAAGAAGCCUAGGAGACAGUAGGCUAGUAUUGGGGGGCGGGGGUGGGAAUCACACUGCGAACAAAAUUAACUGCAAAAACGAAAUACAGGAUACUGUUCUAAGGACCCGAGUAGAAUUCCAAACCUUGAGCCAACGAAUGCAGAUUUCAGCGGCCACGUGAGAAAUUAGAGGCAAGUCCCUAGAAAAUUAAGCAUUAUUCAGUCCGGUGGAAGGUUCUGUCUACUGGAAGGUUAAGUCUCCGGAUGUCUUGACACUUGAGUGCCAUGUAAAGAAGGGUCGCCCUCUUGGUAUCCGGGGAGGCUUGCACCAGCUGAAUGCGUGAGCGUGGUUUGAAAUUUAGGUUAUUUGAAAACCCGAUUUAUUAAAAAAAAAAAUGCUUUCAUAAAAUGUGGGCAUUUUUCUUAUUGUGGCAGACAACAUAGUUUGUGAUAGUUUGUGUAAACCAGGCAAAAAUUAUUACUAGGUUGAGCCAUAUGAAAUUGCUGAUAUUGAACCGUUAAAAAGAAAAAAACAAAUGGCAGUUUCAUAUGGUUCGAUAUAAUUAGAUGCUUUUUAUUCCCCCCCCCCCCUUUCCUUUCUGUCUACCCUAAAGUCCAUUUUGACUUUAUCAGGGGCACCCGUGGGAUUUGUAAGCUUGAAAAACAAGCUAAACCACAUAUCUAACCCCAUGAGGCUCAGAAUUACCUAGGCUAGUGAAGGACUUAAGAAGACCUACGAGCCACAGCCAGAGAAACCGCUUUUUUAGAGAGCCCCUGGAUGGGAGGUCAUUGUGUCGUGGGUGUUGUGUCAGAGUGCAGAGAGCAGCUUGCCAGGCUGGAGAUGUGCAUAUGUGCCCGCGCCCAGAACCGGCAGAAGUUUUAUUCGGUGGAGUUCUCUCAGUAAUGACCAGUCAAGCCUAUAAAGGUGAGGCUUGUGUGUGUGUUGGGUAUUUGCAGAGAUGGAUAGGCUGGCCGGCUCUUUGGUUGGGUCUUUAUAAAGCCUUGUUUAUCUCUUA